AUGGCGGACGGUGAAGACAUUCAACCGCUUGUUUGCGAUAAUGGAACUGGAAUGGUUAAGGCCGGAUUUGCGGGUGAUGAUGCACCAAGGGCGGUUUUCCCGAGCAUUGUAGGCCGUCCACGCCACACGGGUGUGAUGGUCGGGAUGGGACAAAAGGAUGCUUAUGUUGGAGACGAGGCUCAGUCAAAACGUGGUAUCUUGACCCUCAAGUACCCAAUUGAGCAUGGAAUUGUUAAUAAUUGGGAUGAUAUGGAGAAGAUUUGGCAUCACACUUUCUACAACGAGCUUCGUGUCGCCCCUGAAGAACAUCCGGUUCUCUUAACCGAAGCUCCCCUCAAUCCAAAAGCUAACCGUGAGAAGAUGACUCAGAUCAUGUUUGAGACAUUCAAUGCUCCUGCAAUGUAUGUUGCCAUUCAAGCUGUUCUAUCACUCUAUGCCAGUGGCCGUACAACUGGAAUUGUUUUGGACUCUGGAGAUGGUGUGAGCCACACGGUUCCAAUCUACGAGGGUUACGCUCUUCCACACGCAAUCCUUCGUCUUGACCUAGCGGGCCGUGACCUCACGGACCAUCUCAUGAAAAUUCUGACCGAGCGUGGCUACUCUUUCACCACAACUGCUGAGCGUGAAAUCGUUAGAGACAUGAAAGAGAAACUCUCUUACAUUGCGCUUGACUACGAGCAAGAGCUACAGACUUCCCAAACCAGCUCAUCCGUCGAAAAAAGUUUCGAGCUUCCCGACGGACAAGUCAUAACCAUUGGAGCAGAGCGGUUCCGAUGCCCGGAAGUUCUGUUUCAGCCGUCGAUGAUCGGAAUGGAAAAUCCGGGAAUCCAUGAAACCACAUAUAACUCAAUCAUGAAAUGUGAUGUUGAUAUUAGGAAAGAUUUGUAUGGGAACAUUGUGCUAAGUGGUGGAACCACAAUGUUUGGUGGGAUUGGUGAUAGAAUGAGCAAAGAAAUUACAGCUUUGGCUCCGAGUAGUAUGAAGAUUAAGGUCGUGGCUCCACCAGAGAGGAAGUACAGUGUUUGGAUCGGUGGCUCUAUAUUGGCUUCACUUAGCACUUUUCAGCAGAUGUGGAUUGCCAAAGCAGAGUACGAUGAAUCGGGACCGUCAAUUGUGCAUAGAAAGUGCUUCUAA